AUGCAACUUCUAUAUACACUGUUCUUGUUCGUGCAGCUGCUGGGUGUCGCCCUAGCGUCGCCCAUCCAGGACUCUUCGAUCGUUUCGCGAGACUCGGCAUACUGGGUUGAGGGUGUGAAGCACCAGGGUCUCGUGGCUUUUGGAAACAGCUCGGAUUACCAGGUUUUCCGUAAUGUGAAGGACUUUGGCGCCAAGGGUGAUGGAUCGACCGACGACACGGACGCCAUCAACGAGGCCAUCUCGUCCGGUAACCGCUGUGGUAAAGGCUGCGACUCGUCCACCACGACCCCGGCUUUGGUUUACUUCCCCGCCGGUACCUACGUCGUCUCCAAGCCCGUUGUUCAGUACUACUACACCCAGAUGGUCGGUGAUGCACUGAACCUGCCUGUGAUCAAGGCCAGCGCCGACUUCUCCGGUAUGGCCGUGAUCGACGCCGAUCCCUAUGAUGACGAGGGGACCAGCUGGUACACCAACCAGAACAACUUUUUCCGGUCGAUUCGUAACUUUGUCGUCGACUUGACCGAGAUGCCCAAGGGCUCCGGUGCUGGUAUUCACUGGCAGGUUGGCCAGGCCACCAGCUUGCAGAAUAUCCGCUUCGAGUUGGUCCGCGGCGGUGGUGACGCCAACAAGCAGCAGGGUAUCUUCAUGGACAACGGUUCUGGUGGUUUCAUGACCGAUCUUACCUUCAACGGUGGUAACUACGGUAUGUUCCUGGGUAACCAGCAGUUCACCACCCGCAACCUCACCUUCAACGACUGCAACACCGCCAUCUUCGUCAACUGGAACUGGGCCUGGACUUUCAAGUCGUUGUCGAUCAACAACUGCCAGGCCGGUCUCAACAUGUCGAACUCGCCCUCCAACCAGACUGUUGGCUCCGUCUUGAUCCUCGACAGUGCACUGACCAACACUCCCACCGGUGUUGUGACUGCCUUCUCCGAUGACAGCAUUCCCAAUGGUGGCGGUGUCCUUGUGUUGGACAACGUUGACUUUUCUGGUUCUGAGGUGGCUGUUGCCAGCAUUGACGGCAGCACCAUGCUUGAGGGUGGUUCCGUCAUCGCCAGCUAUGUGCAGGGUAACGCCUACACUCCUGGUAACGCCAUCGUAAAGCGUGAUGAGCCUGAAGUCGUUACGGAGACUGUUGUGGAAACAGUAGAGUACUGCCCGACCAACCACGUCGAGACCACGCUCUCCGCGUCGCGCGUGCUUCCCACCGGGUUUGGCAGCGACAUGUCGAUACCGUCCGUGGACGUCUCGAGCAUCGUCGGCUCUUUCUUCUCGGGCAUUGACACCUCGGCGUCUAUUCCCGCCGCGACUUCUGCUCCUGAGGCCCAGUCUUCGGCUGAGUCCACGCCUGUGGCUACUUCGGUCGCUCACGGCACUGUCCCUGCCCAGAAGCCCACCUCGGCCACCCCCGUGUCCGCACACACCACUGCGCCUGUCUCCGGUGGCGUCGGUAUUUCUCUCGGUCUCGGUGGUUCUGGCGGUCACAGCCACGGCCACGGCGCCUGCUCUAGCCAGACCGUCACCAAGACCCGCCUGCAAACUGUCAUGCCUUCCCAGGCCAAGGCCACCGGCCUCUUGGACAGCAACGGCAAGAUCUUCGAACGCUCCAAGCCCCUGUACGAGAGCUACUCUGCUUCUUCGUUUGUUAGCGUUCGCUCCUCCGGCGCCAAGGGUGACGGCCAGACCGACGACACCCAGGCCAUCCAGAAGAUCCUGAACAGCGCCACCGAAGACCAGAUCAUCUACUUCGACCACGGCUCGUACAUCAUCACCGACACCAUCCUCGUUCCCAGCGGCGUCAAGAUUGUCGGUGAAGUCUGGCCUGUCCUCAUGGCCCACGGCGACAAGUUCGGCGACGAGAAGAACCCCAUCCCCAUGCUGCAGGUAGGAAAGGAAGGCGAAAAGGGCACCGUCGAGAUCAGCGACAUCACCCUGCAAACAAAGGGCCCCGCCCCCGGCGCCAUCCUGAUGCAAUGGAACCUCGUCGAGCAGGAACAAGGCGGCGCAGCCAUGUGGGACACCCACUUCCGCAUCGGUGGCUCUGCCGGCACCGAGCUGCAAAGCGACAAGUGCGCCAAGACCCCCAAGGAGACCACCAAGGCCAACUCCGAGUGCGUCGGUGCCUUCCUCCUCUUCCACAUCAGCGGAAAGGCCAGCGGAUACCUCGAGAACGCUUGGUUCUGGACCGCAGACCACGAACUGGACCUGUCCGACCACAACCAGAUCAAUGUGUACAACGGCCGUGGUGUGCUCAUCGAGUCCACGGGCGCCGUCUGGAUGUACGGCACCGCCUCCGAACACAACCAACUCUACAACUACCAGAUCUCCAACGCCGAAAACGUCUUCCUUGGCCUCAUCCAGACCGAAACACCCUACUACCAAUCCAACCCGGACUCGCUCACCCCCUUCACACCGCAAUCCUCCUGGAACGACCCAGACUUCUCGAACUGCGACUCCGCCUCCUGCCGCAAGGCAUGGGGUCUGCGCGUGGUCAACUCUGCCGAGACAUACGUGUACGGCGCCGGGUUGUACAGUUUCUUCGAGAACUACGCGCAGACGUGUCUGAACACGGAGGAUUGUCAGGAGAAUAUGGUGGAGGUUGAUUGCUCUGAUGUCAAGAUUUAUGGUCUGAGCACGAAGGCGAGUGUUAAUAUGAUUACCUCGUCGAGUGGGGAGUCGUUGGUUCCCGAGGAUGAGAAUACGAGUACGUAUUGUUCGACGAUUGCGUUUUUUGAGCAGACGGAGGCAUAG